GGGUUCGAUUUCCCACAUUAUAAUCCCUCUAGAAAAAAAAAAUUAACAAUUAGGACAAAGUUUUGCCAAUCCAAUAGAAGUUGUGAAUAAUUUAAGAAAAUAGGUAGAAUUGAGGAUAAUACUACCAAGUCUUACCAGUACAAAAUUUGCCAACGACUGAACAACAAACAAAUUUCCACCAUCUCAAUUCUCACACAAAUUUUGAAAACAAUUUGAAUCAGAAUUAAUAAAUUAUGAUUAAUUUUCUAAAUUAUUACUAUGAGUUUGAUGUGGUGACGUACAGCUAGCAAAUUAUACAAUAAAUGUAAACGUAAAAACCAUACAUGGAGAGGCUAAAUUCGAGUCCAAACCAUUCAGCCAUGCCUUUACUGGGAUUAACUGAAUAUUCAUCUAGGAUGAUAAUUGAAUAUUAAACCCAAAGUUUAGAAAAAUAAUAAACCUUUAUUAAGUAUAAUGUACAGACAGCUCAAGUGGGCUUCACACAUUUGCGUCGGGAACGAAAAUUAUCAUUUUUGUAUUCGUUAUGUGAGUUCAAUUGCAAACUCGUUGUUCAAUUGGAACUCAAGAAUUACUUGUUUUUUUAAGAAAGGUGAUGUUGAGGAAGCACGCAAACUGUUCGAUGAAAUGCCCCAAAAGAAUGUAGUAACUUGGAACUGUAUGAUAUCUGGGUAUGUAAGAAAUGGGAUGUUAGAGUGUGCUCAACAAAUGUUUGAUACAAUGUCGAGCAGAAAUGUCAUUUCUUGGACAGCUUUGUUAAGUGGUUAUGCAAAGAAUGGGAAUUUAGAAGUGGCGCGGCGUAUGUUUGAUGGAAUGGAUGAUAAGAAUGUGGUUUGUUGGAAUUCGAUGAUCUCGGGGUACGUGAACAAUGGGAGGAUAGAGGAAGGUAGAGUGCUGUUUGAUGAAAUGCGGAUUAAGAAUGAUGUGUCGUGGGCGAUUAUGAUUGAAGGUUAUUUUCAGUAUGGGGAUGUGAGUGAAGCUGAGAGGUUGUUUGGGGAAGCACCAGUGGAAAGUGUGUCACUUUGUAAUGUUAUGUUAGCGGGUUAUGCUGAAAUGGGGCGGACUGAGGAUUCGUAUAAGUUGUUUAUGAGAAUGGAUGCGCGUGAUGUGGCAUCUUGGACUAGUAUGAUCACGUGUUUCUUAAGAGCCAAGGAGGUGGAGAAAGCUAGGAGUUUAUUUGGGGACAUGCCCGACAAGGAUGUCGUGGCUUGGACUGCCAUGAUUAAAGGGUAUUGUGAAAAUAACAACAUGGAGGAGGCACGGAAACUUUUUGCUGCAAUGCCUCAAAAGGAUAUUAUUGCAUGGAAUUCAAUGCUAAGUGGUUAUCUGCAGAAUGGAAGACUGCAAGAUGCUCUACACCUGUUUCAUAGGAUGCCAUGGCGGAACACGGUAUCAUGGAAUUCGAUGUUGUGGGGUUUCAUUCAACAAGACGAUAUAAUUAGUGCUCAAGAGUUGUUUGAGCAGAUGCCUAGAAAAGAUGUAACCUCGUGGAACACUAUCAUUUCCGGAUAUCAAAAUGAGGAAGCUUUGGUUUUAUAUGUCCGGAUGUUGCAAAAUAAUUACAGGCCAGAUCAGACCACAUUUUCCAAUGUGGUCUCAUUGUGUGGAGUUCUUGCUUUGUAUGGUUGGGGAAGAGCUUUGCAUGCCUGUGUAACCAAGAGUGGCUUUGACAAUGACACGAUGAUUAUGAGUGCAUUUAUGUCCAUGUAUUCUAGGUGUGGAUUUAUAAAUGAAGCUUCCUCACUCUUCAGAAAAAUGAAAAGACCAGACACAGUAGCAUGGAAUGCCAUGAUUGUAGCACAAGCAUGUCAUGGUUCCGCUAAAGAAGCACUCGAUCUUUUCCCUUGUAUGAUUCAAGCUGGAUAUGAACCAGACCAUGUAACUUUUCUUGGUGUCCUAACUGCUUGUGCGCAUUCUGGUUUAGUGGGCGAGGGUUGGAAUCACUUUAUUUCAAUGGAGAAAAGGUGGAGUUUAAUUCCAAAGGCUGAGCACUAUAAUUGCAUGGUUGAUCUCCUUGGGAGAUCAGGGAUGCUAGCUGAAGCCUUUGAGCUUGUCAAACAAAUUCCCCUUGAUCUCCCUGCUCAUGCUCAGGAGACAUUACUUAGUUGUUGUAGAGUCCAUGAGAAUUUUGAUUUAAGUGAUCUUGUAGUGGAGAAACUUCGAAGUCUUCAACCUUCUAAUAUUGGAACAUGGGUACUUAUAUCAAAUAUGUAUUCUGCUAGAGGAAUGUGGAAAGAUGCCGCCCGUGUGCGAGCACUACUUAAAAAUUAUGAUUUGAAGAAAGAAUUGGCAUUUAGCUGGAUUGAGAUAAAUGGUUGUAUCUCUCAGUUUGUCUCAAAUGACAGAUGCAAUCCUAGAGCAGUGGACAUAUACAAAGCAUUAGGAAGUCUUUCUGCACUGAUUGAAGAUAGUGCCACAUUAGUUUAUCGGGGAUGUUAUUCAAACUUCGGUUCUUCGGAAGAAAUUAAUGUUCCCUAACGUGUUUUUCCCUUUAUUCCAGUCUAGAAAAGUUUCAGAGUAGAAUUUCUGGUUCCUUCUUGGUGAAUCCCUCUGGGUUGUGAAAUUAACUCACUAAGAAGCCCUUCAAGAAGAUUCUGUGAAGUUUCAUCGAGAGAUGCUAGCUAGCCCAGUACGUGCUAUGAAGACCUAAGUACUCCCGUGAUAGACAAACUUGGGUGCAAUUAUUGGUGAUAGCUCUGUGCCGUGAAAGGAUUGCUCUUGGUUGGUUCUCCCUACAUAUUUUGGCUCCUGACUUACAUUUACACCUGCUUGAAACGCUGCUGUUUUGGUGACAGAAUUGACAACCGCCAGAUUUCCAGGCGGGCCUCAAGGGCCCCCACGAUGGCGAAAUCUGGGGUUGCCAGGACUGAUUCCAGGGCAAAUUCUGCAAUCUCUAAUAACAAUAAUGAUGACAACCAAGCAGGUGGACAUAGCCACCAAAAUGAAGGAGAUGCAUCAUCAUCCAUCAACUCCACAAAGGAAAGUGAGAUGCCUUUAGCCGUAUCAGUUGCUCCAUGAAAUGAAUAUUAAUCGGCUAUUUUAUCAAGAAUGAUCACACAUCUAAAGCAUGAAAGAGAUAUUUGGAUAGUAGAGAUAAUAAUAUAUAACUGAAGUAUUAUGUCAUCAUUCAGGAGCUGUUAAGGAUGGUGAAGGUUGCGCGCUAAUGGUGAAUGUAAGUAGAAAUAGCUGAAAGAGAUAUUUAACUUGUCUUAGCAUUUACAAAACAUAGAACAAACAAAAAAUUGCUCUUGUUGUUUCCUAGUUAUUUCUUCCCCUCUCUCCUUCCCUAACUUGUCUUCAUUUCUGUUGAAACUUCAAUUUCAACCCAACACAGUAUUCCUCCUAUAAGAGAUAAUGGAGUAUGAAUGACAAAUUUAACAUAUAGUAUAUAUACCUUUUUGUUUUUUCA